UUUUCCGUGCCUCGUCAUUCAAGUGCAGUUUCACGUACGCCACCGCCACGGCCCCCACGCCCUCUCUCUCUCUCUCUCUCUCUGUCUCUCUCUCCGUUUCGGUGCGUGUCCAAGUUCUGGGUUGCGCCUCAUUCCGUUGCCAAUAUUCCACAUCGGACGGAGACGGACCAGCGACGUGCCAAGUGCCGAUUCCGGGCGAUAAAUUAGCCGGACGCGUCGAUUGCCGCGCUCCUCAUUUGAAUUCCAAUCGAAGAGUCGACUCCUCCGUGUCUCGUGCGUGAGUCCCUGUCCCGGUCCCCGGCCCCGGCCCCCACGGUUAUCUCAAAGGAUAAUUGAAGACACGUACGCGCGUGUGUAGGACAACAAAAGGAUGCGGCACACGUCGAUGACAAGGCACCACCGCUGUUGACCUUCAAAAGUACCCACAAAAUCCCCCACUCAACCCAAGCCUCAACCAAGUGCAAUAUAUAGUGAAAAAUGUGUUAAACCCAGUGCCAGAUCAUCCAUCGAUAUACUCUGUCUCUAAGAAGAAGAACUACCUCUACAGAUCCUAAGCACCCAUAAGAUCGUUAUGUUGCCAUAUCAGGCAGCCGUGGCCAUGGACUAUGCCGGCUAUCAGCGGCAGCCGACGCCCGGUCAUCCCGGCUCCCACAUGGCCGCCACCAUGGGGUCCUUGGGGAUGCCCACGGUGCCGUUCACCCACAGUUGGAUGGUGCCCGCUCAGGACCUCUGCGGCAUGGCCCCAUACAACAAAAUGCCCAAUCAGCAUCAGCCGGGGGGACCCGGAAUGCAUGCCCAACAGCAGCCCAUCGAACCGGGCAUCCUGGAGUUGCGCAAGGAAAAGUCGCGGGAUGCGGCACGUUCGAGACGGGGCAAGGAGAACUACGAGUUCUAUGAGUUGGCCAAAAUGCUGCCCCUGCCGGCGGCCAUCACCAGCCAACUGGACAAGGCCUCCAUCAUAAGACUGACCAUCAGCUAUCUGAAGCUAAGAGACUUCUCCGGACACGGGGAUCCGCCAUGGACGCGGGAGGCCUCCAGCAGCAGCAAGCUCAAAAGUGCCGCCAUUCGACGCAGUCCCGCUGUUGAUUUGUUCGAGCAACAUCAGGGCACCCACAUACUGCAGUCCCUCGAUGGCUUCGCUCUGGCCGUAGCGGCAGACGGGCGCUUCCUCUACAUUUCGGAGACGGUGUCCAUCUACCUGGGCCUCUCGCAGGUGGAGAUGACGGGCAGCAGCAUAUUCGACUACAUCCACCAGGCGGAUCACUCGGAGAUUGCCGACCAGCUGGGCCUGAGCCUCACCAGCGGUGGGGGCGGAGGCGGCGGCGGCGGCGGCGGCGGAGGAGGCAGCUCCGGCAGCGGAGGUGGCGGCAGCGGUGCCGCCGGCCUGGCCUCCCCCACAUCGGGCGCCUCCGACGAUGGCAGUGGCACACACGUGGCCGCCUCCAUGACGCAGGCCUCCACGAGCGGCUACAAGGGCUACGACCGGAGCUUCUGUGUUCGGAUGAAGUCCACACUGACAAAGCGCGGAUGUCACUUCAAGUCCUCCGGCUACCGGGCCAGCGAUGCAACCAGCAAUUGCAACAACGCUAACGCUAAUAAUAACGCUAACAAUAACGCUAAAAACGUUAAGAAUCCGGGCUCAAACUAUUCGGUCGUCCUGCUCCUCUGCAAGCUCCGGCCCCAGUACACAUUCUCGCACAGCCGCAAGUCGCAGCCUCCGCUCCUGGGCAUGGUGGCCCUGGCCAUUGCCCUGCCACCGCCCUCUGUGCACGAGAUCCGCCUGGAGUGUGAUAUGUUCGUGACACGCGUGAACUUUGACCUAAAAGUAGCUCACUGCGAGCCAAGGGUGUCCGAUCUACUGGACUAUACGCCCGAGGAUCUGGUGAACAAGAGCCUGUAUUCCCUGUGCCAUGCGGAGGACGCCAACCGACUGCGCAAGAGCCAUUCGGAUUUGAUCGAAAAGGGCCAAGUGCUGACGGGCUAUUACCGACUGAUGAACAAGAGUGGAGGCUACACCUGGCUCCAGACAUGCGCCACCGUCGUCUGCAGCACCAAGAACGCCGAUGAGCAGAACAUCAUUUGCGUCAACUAUGUGAUCAGCAAUCGGGAGAACGAGAACCUCAUCCUGGACUGCUGCCAGCUGGAGCCGAGCAUGGACAGCAUCAAGAACGAGGAGGGACUGGGCAAUGACAAGAGCAGCGGCUCCCCGGGAGGCGAUGCCGCGGGCGAUGGCAAUGGCCAUUUGAGUGCCGGGGAAAUGAAGCUGACGGACUCGAAGUCCGACCCGGAGGGACACUCGCACCGCGGACGAGGACGCAGUGCCACAGCCUCGCAUGGCAGCAGCAUGAGCAGCCUGUCCCUGAUCAAGGACAGCCCUACGCCGCUGGGAGUGGAGAUUGAGGCGGGUGUGGGCGUCCUGCCAGCCACUGUGGCCACGCCAGUUCCCGCCCCAACGCCCGUUGGCAGCACGACGAGCGGUGGGACCACAACCAAGCGAAAGAGGAAGACCAAGGCGGCACAGCAGGCGGAGGAGGAGCAGGUGAAUGUCGAGCAGCCGAUGGCCAAGCUACCGGCCAUGGAGGAGUCUCAGCCAAGGAGUCGCCUGCCCUCCAUUGUGGACGAGCCUGCAGCCGAUUCGGCAGUCAAGGAUCUGGAGCACGCGAUGUCCAAGCACCUGCCAUCACCAGUGUCUGUGUCCGUGGCCGUGUCGCAGCCGAGCACCGACUUCAGUGCGGAUUCUCUCAUCAAGCAGCAGCACCAGGCGCACCAGCAGCAACAGCAGCAGCAGCAGCAGCAACAGCAGAUCGAUCCCAACGAGAAGAGCAGCACGAUCCAGUGGAUCGGAACGCCCUACCAACAGCCACCCGCCCCCAUGCCGGCCACGGCCCUGCUCCGGCAGCUGUACGCCAAUCGGGAGAGCGUGAUCCGGGCGACGGCCCGACAGACGCCCACUGGAGUCGGUCCCGGGGUGUUCUACGGCGAGCAGCAGACGGGUCCGCUGCCCACGCCGCCUGGCAGCGAGUCCUCAUACGAGAACCAAUACCUGCAGCUCCACUCAGCCGCCUCCGCCGCCGGGGUGCAUCCCCAGAAGAGCUCGUCCGAUGCCUUCACCAAUCUGGUGUCCACCUACGGCGGCUAUCACAGCUCCAUUGACUACCACAACGCCAUGACGCCGCCCAGCUCUGUCUCCCCGCGAGACUCCAACAACUCCGGCAAGGUGCCGCCCUCCUCCGCCCCCAUCCUGGGCAGCAACGGCGGUGGCUACGAGUACGCCGAUCCCCUGCGAGGACAGUACGCGGCUCCAUCCGUUGACGGCGCCCCCGCCACGCUGCCCCUGAAGCCGCAGGCAUACACUGCCACGAUGCACCCGCAUCCGCAUCCGCACGGUCAUGCCACCAGCACGAGCACCACAACCACCGAGGGUGGCGUCACCUACAGCAACCUGGAGCAGGCGCAGUACUUUGCCCCGCACUCCAGCUUCCAUCUGUACCACAAGGGCAGCCCGGCCACCGGCUGGUACUCCACGCCCUCCUAGGUAAUGGACGACGGCUUGGGCCAGUGCCAGAUGCAGAUGCAGCAGCACCAGCACCAGCACCAGUCCCAGUCCCAGCACUCUGCCUACCAGGAGCAGCAUCAUCCUCAUCAUCAUCAUCCUGCCGCUGUGGGUGGCGCUGGCAGUGGCGAUCGCUGGGACUUUGUGGGGGCGUUGGGCAAGGUGGCGCGCAUGUUCUUCAGCGCUCGCAAAGGGAAUCCGGGAUAGAAGAGUCCAUAGAAGACAGCUCCAGCUGGACAAGGUAUUGGUGCCUCUGUCCAGAGCAGGCAGAUGGAUCCUUCCUCUGGCACUCCUUAGAACACGUCUAAUUAGGAACUUAGGAACACUAGCAGUCCCCUGAGGACUAAGAGUUAGUCUAGAAUCUAGAGCCUACACAAAAACAUUCAAUGUUGUUAUAUAGUUCUUAAGAAUUGUAAAUUACGAAAAACACACUCCUCUCUCUUCAGAGACAGACAGACAGACACUGAGACCCAAUGAAAUUAGCUGCAAAACGAAAAUACUCGGCAAGAAUGCAAUCGAUUAAAGAACCUAAACUUAACGAAUCGAAUACUUAGGAUAUGCACGAAUGUAAUACUAAUACUAAUACUAAUAUUAGCUAAAAACUAAGCUACAUAUACGACUAUGUAGAGUGCCAGAUUAAUGGAAAUCGAAAAACAGAUCCCCCUAUACCCCGUACCCUAUACGCCGUACUGGUAAAUCUAAAGUAAUUGAAAAGCGACUCAAAAAAUUGCUUGCAAACACUCCACACUGCACUCC